AUGGUCAUCGUCGAUCACCACGAGUAUCUGUGUGAGGAGGAGAAGCGGUUGAAGGAUGACAGAGAGCGGAAGAAGUAUUGGAAGAAAUGGGGUCCUUACGUUGCCGAAAGGCAAUGGGCUACUGUUCGAGAAGAUUACUCGGACAAUGGCGAUGCAUGGAGCCAUUUCUCUCAUGACCAGUCGAGGUCAAGGGCCUAUCGUUGGGGUGAGGAUGGUAUUGCUGGUGUCUCGGACACUCACGGUCUCCAGAACAUUGCAUUUGCCUUCUGGAACGAGAAGGAUGACUUUCUCAAGGAGAGACUCUUUGGUUUGAGCAAUCCUCAAGGCAACCAUGGAGAGUCCCUCAAGGAAGCUCAUUUCCACCUCGACAACACGCCCACCCAUUCCUACAUGAAAUACCUCUACAAACUGCCCCAAAGACGAUUCCCCUACGAACAAUUGAUCAAAGAGAAUGCCACUCGAGGAAAGAGCGAGCGAGAGUUCAAUAUUAUCGACUCGGAUGCGUUCAAGGAUGAUCGUUACUUCGACAUCUUCAUUGAGACUGCGAAAGAGACGGAUGAUCCAGAGGAGCUGCUCUUCCGGAUCACAGCCUACAACCGCGGUCCAGAACCUGCUCCAUUGCACAUCAUUCCUCACGUCUGGUUCAGAAAUACCUGGACUUGGGGCCAUGAGUCUGAAAAGUUGAAACCAAACAUACGCAUGGUUGGGCCUAUGACUGCGCAAACCAAGCACCACAAGCUGGGAACUAGGUUCUUCCAGCUGUCCCCUUCACCGGGAUGUGGACCAAAUUCUGAGGAUGUUCAUCCGCAGCUCAUGUUCACCGAGAAUGACACGAAUCACGAAAAGCUGUAUGAUGUCAAGAACAAGCAGCCUUACGUCAAGGAUGCCUUCCACAGAUGGAUUGUCGACGAGGAAAAAGGUGCUAUCAAUCCUCGGUGUACCGGCACCAAGGCUGCUGCAUGGUACGACUUUGGCCAAGGUGAAGGCGUACCACCUGGAGAAUGUGCCGUGGUUCGAUUUCGCUUGUCCAAGAAAUAUGAUGGCUACUUGAACGAAGAGCUUCUGGACGACAUCAUGGAACUGAGGCGUCAAGAAGCCGAUGAGUUCUACUGGCGCAUCAGCCCUCUGCCAAUGGCGGACGAUCUGAGAAAUAUCCAACGACAGGCUCUUUCCGGCAUGUUGUGGUGCAAGCAACACUACUACUUCAUCCAUGACCAGUGGGCGAAUGGCGACCCAAAUAUGCCACCUCCUCCUGAAGGGCGAAAGAACAUACGAAAUGUCCACUGGAAGCAUAUGUAUCUCGACGAUAUCUUGUCAAUGCCAGACUCAUGGGAAUAUCCUUUCUUCGCCGCCUGGGAUUCAGCAUUUCAUUGUAUCCCGUUGGCAAUGGUCGACCCCGAGUUCGCAAAGAAACAACUCGAUUUGUUCACAAGAGAAUGGUACAUGCAUCCAAAUGGACAAUUGCCCGCCUACGAAUGGAACUUCGGCGACGUUAACCCUCCCGUACACGCUUGGUCCGUAUUCAGGACGUUUAAGAUCGAGCGUAAAAUGUACGGACGGCAAGAUCUUGACUUCUUGGAGCGUGUCUUCCAGAAAUUACUGCUCAACUUCACUUGGUGGGUCAACCGAAAAGACUACGAUGGCAAGAAUGUCUUCGAAGGAGGAUUCUUGGGCCUUGACAACAUUGGCUUGUUCAAUCGAUCCGAACCUCUUCCGACUGGUGGUGUACUCGAGCAAGCAGACAGCACAGGCUGGAUGGCCUUCUACUGUCUCUGCAUGCUGAACAUCUCACUCGAGCUCGCCAAGCACAGACGAACCUAUGAGGACAUUGCGUCGAAAUUCUUCGAACAUUUCAUUUUGAUCUCUGAUGCUAUGUCUUUCCGUGCUGGCGGUAAGGAGAAAUCUCUCUGGAAUGAUGACGACGGCUUCUACUACGAUGCCAUCUCCUGGGGUGGUCCCUGGACACAGCAAAUGCCGGUACGAUCGUUGGUCGGUCUCAUCCCAUUAUACGCGGUCCUCACGCUGGAGCCGGAACUGAUCAACAAAUUCCCCAACUUCAAGCGUCGCAUGGACUGGUUCAUUGAGAACCGACACGACGUAGCCGAGCGGAACAUCGCGAGCAUGCGGAAACGCGGCAAGGACGAACGACUCCUCCUCUCGCUCGUCAGCAAGGAGCGCCUGGAGAAGAUUUUGAAGCGUAUGCUCGACGAGACCGAGUUCCUUUCGGAGCACGGCAUUCGCAGCUUGUCCAAACACCACGAAGAGCACCCAUACUCGAUGGACGUCAACGGCCAGAAAUUCACCGUCAGCUACGUGCCCGGCGACUCGGACUCGGGCCUGUUCGGCGGCAAUUCGAACUGGCGAGGUCCGAUCUGGAUCGCGGUCAACUUCCUGCUCGUCGAGUCCCUGCUGCGCUUCUACAUGUUCUACGGCACAUCGCUCCAGAUCGAAUGCCCGACGGGCUCCGGUGAAUACAUGCAUCUGGGCCACGUGGCGGAGGAGAUCCAACAUCGCCUGCAGCACCUGAUGGUGCGGGACAACGACGGACGACGAGCCAUCAACGCGGGCAACGACACGCUCGACUUCGACCCGCACUGGAAGGACUACCUGUGGUUCUUCGAAUUCUUCGAUGGCGACACCGGCCGCGGCCUGGGCGCCUCGCACCAGUGCGGCUGGACGGGCCUGAUGGCCAAGAUGAUCCACGACACCGGCAUCAACUGCCGUCUGCCCCAGACCCCUCGUACGCCCGGAACCGCCGCCGCACACUACUUCGACGACAUCUUCAACCGCGGCACCGGCCUGGGCGGCAAGGGCUACGGCGCCAGCACACCUGGCCUUGACGGGCCCCGAACCCCGCGCAUCCGCCGCUCCAGCACCAGCCGCAGCAUCGGCAACCGCGCGAGCUUCGUCUCCAGCGUCAACGGCGACCAUAAAUCCGUCGCUGCGACGAGCGACGCCGAUGGCGAUGGCGAUGGGGAGAAGGAGAAGUCUUAUUUCCCGGAUCUGUCCGAGUCCGAGGCGUUUGGGAGAGAAGAUGCGCUGGAGCGUCAACGGCGGAAGUCCGUCGCCGACAGCCACUAUGAGAAAUAUGUCACCGACCAGCUUACCAAGAUCAAGACGGAUGAGAGCGUCGCCGUCUACGAGGAUGAGUUCGAAGCCCAGUUGGAUUAG